UAUAUCCACAUACAAAAGAGGCCUGGGUCGGAUUUGAAAAAAUCAGAAUUGCACUGUUCACACUUACAUGAAAAAAUCAGAUAUGUGUCACAUAUGGUUAAAAAAUCAGAAUUGACCUGCAGUGUGAACAUAGUCUAAGAAUGGUCCUGGAAUUUGCAUGCUAUCUUUAUUUAGCGCAGUGGUUAUGAAUAACUAUCACAAAGUAGUGAUUUUCAAGGGAAUUCAUAUGGUGAUAAGAAAUAUUUAAGUCAGCUGGUCAUUUUUACUCACUCAAAAUCUGCCAUAUUUUGGUUCUCUCUCCUGCAGCUGUUAUUGUGCCAAGGACCCUGAGUCUUCGCCAGGGAAGACUCACAUGCCCCAGAAAUGAGUGGAAAAGAAACUAAGUUCACAGUUUCUAUACAUAUUCUUUUGUUUUUUUAGGCUUACUUUUUUAUGAAUGCCGAAUUUAGUUAUUUAGCAUUUUUAUAUGGUCUCCUCAUGGCACUUUUUCCCCUCCCUUUGGACAUUGCACUGUUUAAAAUAAAAGAAAACUACUUUAAUUUGUCACGUGUUGUCCUAUUUUGACCUAUUUUGAUGACAAGUACUUUUCGGGUAAAAAUCACCCGGCGAUAGUGUUGAAGGGUUAAGAAAAUAAGUCCAAUUGUCAUAGAAGUGCCUAACUUACCCGGGCUGCUUAAUUCAGCCAUAGAGGGGCGGGCAGUCCAAAACUUGCUCGCCCCGGCGCUUCUCCCAUUGGUGGAGCAGGGUGCCAAAGCCGGAGGGUCCUGAUCGGAGGGUCCAGUGAUUGGCUGCUCGGUUCUCAGUGUGCAGGCAGCGCAGCCUGUCCGUUUGAAUGUGCUGGGGACUGGAGGAGAUCAUUUCCAUGGACCAUCUGUCUCGCUGGCUACCCACACAACAAAGGACCCAGGAUGGUGUUAGUACAUGUUGGAUAUCUGGUUCUCCCCGUCUUCGGCUCAGUUAGAAAUAGAGGUAUGACUAGCUUUAUGUAUUUCAUUUGUUUGAACUCUAACAGAAUUUUCGGUGUCGCUUUUCUUUUUUUUAAAUGUCCUCAAAUGAUGUAAACAGAGAUGACACCUGCUAGCGAAAAACGCAAGCCAGCAUAAUCGCGACAGUCGAGCGUAGAUAACAGAAUCUGUCUUCCUAGCUUGUAGCGUCGCGCGAAUUUAGCCCGAACCGAAACCGUAACAACGUGCUGUAUGUAACUGGAUACAUAUAAUUUUACACACAGGCUGUAAAUAUUUGCGCCAGGGCCUCUUUAACAGCACCAAAUGACUGCAGCUGUCAAAUGGCAGCCACCGCUUUUCUUUUACCCUCAGCUGUGCUCAGCUACAGCGGCUCGCGCGGUUAUCUUUUUUACCUCGUGCGAUGUUUACGUGCAUUAACUGCUAUUUUGUACAGUCACACCGCUAGCUGACGUUACCUAGGUAACAGCUUGAAAUAGCGACGGUUAGUAGCCAAGCUUUAGCUGGUAUCACAAUCUCUGUUUGGGGGUUUUCAUGAAAUUGGCCAAGCAAGCUGGCCACUGUGUCCGAAUAAGCAUUACAAAGAGUAGUUUUCUCAUUACUGUGAAACCUGGAAUCAAAUUUUCUCUAAUUCCUCCUCUUUUUACCUUAAUAAUUGUGAAUAAGUGUCUACUAAUUCUCCUAUUUUCAAUUUAAUGCAGGUAGUGUCUACUAAUACACGUAGCUUAAAAAGGGGGCACAACUAGCUUUUAGAAACGGAUUUAAAAUGGUGGAAAUUUUGCCUUGAACCCUUAAAAAAAGCGUCAAAUGAAACCCAAUAAUUGCACCUCCAGCAUGCAAAGAUGAGUAAUCCACUUGCUGAAUUGGGCAUAAUAACAAUAACAUCAUCCUCCAUUGCAGCAGGCUAUCUGUGUUGAUUAUGUAAUAAUAAUAGUAGUGGUAAUAAUUUGCACUGUUAAAAACUACAUGCAGUAGCACCAAUGAUUUCAUUGUGCUUUUAUUUGUGUUCUUUUUUCCUGUUCCAUAGUAUCGAGGCUGGCUCUACAUUCCGCAUUUCUCAGACCUUUGUCCCCCUCCAUUGUGUAGCUAACGAUCAUCUGCUGCUGUCUGCCGUAGCCUCUGCCUGUUCUCUGCAUCUAGCUGUAUUGUGAACCCCUUCUUCCUCAUUUCCUCUUUCCAUCUGAAGACGACAUUGGCAUUAAAACCGAGUUCCCACUCAUACCGUAUCCUUCUGUGUAACAGACUAAAGAAUAACACCUUCUGUAGAGAAAAAACACUGUCUUUAUUUAAACUGUCAUGUUGCUCUUCAGUGAAUAACCCAUUGUAGCGUUAGACUUUACUACCGACUGUCAUUGUGAUUCUCCCAUUCAGUGUGGAUAGACUACAUUCUGCUGUAAAUUUCUGUAAAGUGGAUACAUUUUGAUCCCCUUCCCCUCGAUUCGAUUAUAGCCAGGCUUGAUCGAACUCUUUCCAUUCCUUAUUUGCAAAGGUGCAUUGUACCAGCAUACUUCAAGUACUUGUAUAAUCACCUUCUCUUUGAUAAUUUAUAAGUAAUAUAACAAUUGGUCAACAUGCACAGAGCUAAAAUCCCUGAUUUAUGUGUGCGGUUAUUUUUGCAUUUGAUGGUCCACUGCACCUGUUAUAGUAGCAUAAACAACUGCUCAUAAUCCUAUCCAUGUGCAAAAGCCUUUGUUCCUACUAGCUGAAUUGAGAAAUUGGCAAGUCAGGUCUAACUCAUCUUGCCAUUCAGAAGGAAUAAAAAAAACUCCCUUUUUCAAUCCACUAUCAUGCACAGCCCCCUCCUCUGAAAUCUCCUCCAGAAUGCUAUCCAUUUUACAGGGAUGUGUAUAUCCUGCACUGCUGUAGAACUCCUUUUAGAAUGAAAAUGUCUUUUUUAUUCUUUGGUUGUUGUUUUCUACCUUAUGUUCUUGUAUUAGAUCCUAAUGCAUGGUCAUUUUAUACUUUCUGUUUUUCCACAUUGAACAGCAGAUUCCAAUGUAAACUUUGUGUAGAGAUGUCCCUGCUAUACUGAACUGUGCUGUAAGCAUACACAUCUACUCAUUGGAUGCUGCUUCUGUUCUGUUAACCCUACAGAGAGCAUGGUCGGGCCUUGCCUUUGGUCUUUAUUUGCAUGGUAUUAUUACGAUUAUAUCAGAGAUAUUACUCUUAUUAUUACUAUUAUCACACAGUGCCACACAUACUAAUAUUUUCCAAUAAAGACUGUAGUUUUCUUUCUAACCUUCAGUGUGCUUUUUGCUGAUUUCCAUGUGUUCCUCCCCUUCCUCCCUUCACACUGUGCUGUCACUGAGACGGUCCCCUCACUCUCUAUGUGCUCUCAUUUCUCAGCUGUCUAUGACAGACUUUUCUCAAGUUGCUGCUCUGCUUUCUGUAAAGUAGGAGUGACAAAUGUAUAUCUAUUUCGAUAUAAAAAACAAAAGCAUGUUUAAUCUGAACCACAGUAGCACUGGUAGUUUCUGUGAUGCGCUGUCAUUACCUCGUAACCCCUACAGUGUUUACAGAGCACCACAGCCCUCCUCACAUUCACUCAUUGGUGGUCACUGGUGUCAGUCGGGAAAAAUGAGAGUCCUCCUUGAUGGUCUUUAUCUUUUGAUAUCAACAUUGAUGGAAACAAACUUGGGUGCAUUUUCUUCAAUAAGAACAAGCCAAAAGAAAAUUUGAGUUAAUUCAACAAUCUGAUGCAGAAAAAAAUCUGAUAAUUUUUGGGUCUCUUUACUUGCAGCUUUACCUUAGAUGGUUAAUUACACCCCAAAAUAUGAAUAAUUUCUCCAACAUGGUAAAAUGGUACAAACUGGUUGUCUGUGGUGUAUCAAGAUGUUCCCCGUUUUAUUUGUAUGUGGAGAUUUUCACGGCUUAGUGUAAGAAGCUUUAGAGGUGUAUCCUUUCCAUAUACACAUACACAAAGCAGCAUCAAAAAGCGGUUUAAAGUUCAGAGUUUAGAGUUCAGUAAGACUUCCACAAAGGUAUACUCAAAAUUAAGCUUUAUCAAUAAGCUUUUAGCCCAGUUUGGGACAAAGACUGGAAACUAGUAUCUUCGCUUUAACUCAAAACAACAAAAUCUGCCUACUAGCACCUCCAAGACCAACUAAUUUACUGCAUUUGUUCAAUUACAAAAAGGGCUUUUUUGUGUUGUGUGUUGGUCUGUUUCUUUUGGCUCAAGCAGACCCUUAGAUUGAGUCUGCCACAAAACCCCCAUAACAGCUAAGUGUUAUUUUUACACUUCUUUAUGGACUUAACAAAUGGCAGACAGCAUGUUAAUGACUGACCUUUUAAGGCACUCUAGGUGGAUUAUGGUAGCUUUUAGAUUAGUAGAUUAGCUUUUCACGGUUACAAAUAUACAUGUAUGUGCAGGGUUUAUCCUCUUGUUUAUUGCGCCACUUAAAUGUACAACUAUUCCUUUAUGAGUCUUCAAAUAUAGUAGAAAUCAAUUUCACUCAAUCUGCAAAAGGCAGUUAUUUCAUCUGUGGAGUGUUAUAACUGUGUCUGUGUAAUGUAGUCAACUAUUGGCCCCUUUUAUCCAGUCUUUUGCUCACUGAUGAGCAGAACAGACCUUGACACAUUUAUACAAAUAAACCAUUGAAUCGCAGAGACAAGCUACUCACAGCUUUAUAAUGUCAGAAUGAAUUCCUCUAGUCAUCCAGUCAAGCCUUUUGUUGCUUCUGACAACAGAGGAAGGAAACCCAAUUCAGUUCAUGUGACAUUAUAGCUGUAAAUUAGUCACUGCAGGACGUUAGUAAUAUGUCAAAAUAAAGGGUUGACAUUCUGGUCACCGUUAUGGUGGUAUUGUAUUUUAUUUUGUCCCGUAAGAGUCUGUAAUGAUUAAGGAGCUCUAAAAAUAUUUAAAAUCCAAAACUAUUUUCAUGGUUCUUAAUGAAACUCUAAAAUUGAUUCAUCAAAAAGCUUUCUGCAAAGAGUUUGACAGUGGUUACAACAUACAGCACAGGCUUUGGUGUCAUUCAUUUCAAAGUGUGAAAGAUUUUAUUUCAAACAUAAAAUCGGGUGUUUAAAGAGCUGUAGAAGUCUGUGACUUCUUGCCAUUUCUUCAGAGCCACUUAAGCCCUACAUGUGUCCACAAUGUCUGAAAUAGCCACAAGUUAUUUAUGUGUGGGACUAAGGUGUGUCUUAGACAUAACCCUGCAUGUUUGCACAUUUCUCCACAGCUACCAGCUGUAAGACACUUUUAAAUAGCUCAGCAGUGAUAGUGCAUGUUAAUUUACAGAAGCUGCACUGGUUUCAAACAUGUUAAUUUUAGGUGUUUUGGCACAAAGUUUGCACUUAUUUAACCGAUGUUUACAAUCAAAGCCAGUGAGAAAUGAGCGAGCAUUCACUGUUUUGAGAUUUCCCCUCUAAUAGCUAGGCUGAUUUCAUUCAUUAGUCCCUCACUGUGAUUGUGAGUUUUCUAAUCAGUGAUAUCAGCCAGAGGAGCUGUGGGGUUUUAAUGAAAAACUACGUAACCACAGUGUCCUAUGAUGAAAGACCACCACACCAGGCAGAAGACAGGAUUAUGUUAGAGAGGUGGUGCGAUUAUAAAGCUGCAGAGAAGGGAGGGGGGAGGGAAAAAGGGAGACAGGUUCGAUGUCAGACUGCUGCAGUCGCGGCUGGGCAGGGCUUACGGCUGUCACUCACACAGGGACGCCAUGCCGCAGCCACACUGUGGGGGAGGGGCUGCCUGUGCAGCAGCACAGGGGUGAAGAGAGGUGGGUGGUAGUGAGUGAGUGAGUGAGUGUGUGUGUGAGUGUGCAUGGAUGAAUGGAUGGGGGUCUGCUACGCACCAAACAGACAUUUUCUAUCUGAAAGUCUAAAGCAAAGCAGAGACGAAAUGAUAACAGCAUUGGGGCUUUAGUGCCAGCAGCACUGCAGUAUGUCAAAUAUUAAUGUCAGUGGUUCACACUGUGAAACAGCCCAAAGGCAGAUCAUUUGAUAUUAACUCAAAGCUUCUGUCCAGUCUUGUAGGGUCACAAGGUUCACACAAAGUGGUACACAGCCUUAACAAUCCACACCAACAGUCUGCCGUUUCUGCUCUAAUUCCUCAGACACAUGUCCGAUGGCUCAUGGUUCUCUAGGUUCAAUGGCUCCACGUGUCCGGAGGCUAGGUAAAAUGAAGCUUGACAAUGAAAUCAUGAAAACACACUAAAAUGCCACAGUAGCAACACUUCAGUGAGGAUUUAGACAUUUUGGGGAAUACAUAUUUAUUCAUCUGGUAGACAAGUGGAUAGCUACUACUUUUAAAUCACUCCUUAGGCGACGUCCUCGUAACAACCCCGUAGGAAAGCCAAUCUGGCGUAGCAUAAAAUCUUCAAACAGGAAUAACUGUAUAGCAUGGCACUUUACAAAUGCAGUUAAGCCUUUCUCUGGCAUGUACAUGCGUAAAUCAUUAUAAUUCCCAACUAUCUUUACAGGUAAGGAAGCGUGUUUUUAGUUCAUGUUGUGGUUCAUAAAAGGUUUGAACAGAUUUUUAAGCAUAUUUUGGGCCAAAUGUGUAUUAUAUACUAUCAGCUUAGCAACAGCCUCCCUUCCAUGCUGAAAUCAGUUUCAGAGCAGUAUGUGAGACAAUUGUUUCUCCCAAUUUAAACAGACCUUAUUUGUUAUGAAGCUAUUUAACAGCACAAAUCUAAGGUAUCCUAUCACGCUGUCUGCUUCCUGUUCCAGAGAGUUAGAAAGAAGUAAUAGGAGGCUGCAAGAGUAACUGUGUGUCCCAACUUCACCCUCCUCCCAGCCUUCUAUUUCUCUCGGCUUGGAGUAAUUCGUAUCGAUUGUUUUGUGCAACUGGAUACAGAGGUGUUUCAGUUGGACUCGCACACUAUCUCAUGUCUCCACCUCUGAUAGGAAAGGUGUGAGGGAAGAGGGAGGAAGUCAGGGGCAGACAAGUCUAUGACCCCACCUUAGCUUUCAUGGAGGAGUUUAAAUGGGAGAUCUAUGGUUGAAUAUGAGUUACCUCAAAUACAAAAAACAUAAUUUAGAAGAUUUCUGAGAAGUCAUGGACCUCAGACAAUUCACAGUACUGUAGAUCUUUGAAAUACACCAGACUGUUUGUGAAGAUCCGUCCUUUCUACAAUGGCAAUGGGUGCAAUCUGUGUGUGGGUUUUCACAGAGCUCCACAGGGGUCUCAAUGUCUGAGUCUUCCAUCUGCUGUUUUGUCUGCUGUUUUGUCUGUCUUGUCUUGUCUCUUCCAGUGUCGGGUCUGUCCUGUUUCCAUGUUCUCUCUGUGUGAGCGCUUGUUAAAUGUAUUUGUAAGUGUUUGUGUGCGUGAGAAAGCCAGAAAGUGCUCGAUUUUGCAAUUACGUGUGAAAAUGUCCUCGUCACUGAAUUGUCUGGGUCUCCAUGUGGUGUCUGAUUGAACGAAACUGAUCUCAGGCUUUAUCCGACUCAGUUCUGGUCCCUCCAUUGAUUUCCCAUAGGAGCACACUUCACCAGGCAUCAGCACAGCCAUGCUACCUCCUGCCGACACUUUCACCUGGGUGCUCCCCAGGCGCCCAUCUCAGCAGAGUUUCCUCUGGGUCACGCCAGCCAGCAGCCUCAGACAGGCCUGGCCACCCACCUGCCCCCGGCGCAUCACCCGCCACCGCCCCUCACUGCCCUGCCCGCACCCCCGCAGUUCCAGGAUGUGCCAGGGCCACCAUUCCUACCUCAGGCCUUACACCAGCAAUACCUCAUCCAGCAGCAGCUUAUAGAAGCGCAGCACCGCAGGAUCCUACCACACUCAAGGUGAAAAUCUGAUGAUCGAUAUUUAAUUCAACAUGAAAUGAAAUAAUAGUAGAUUAAUCAUGGUACCAAAAGUUCAAUUGCAAAAUCCACAAAGUGAAAAAACAAAUCAGUCUUUAAACCUAGUGUCUUUAUCUUGUCUUUGUUUCAGAAGAACCCAGGAGCGUAUACCCCUGAACCCCCACAGACUGCGUUCAGGCUACGAGUACUCCCCACCCCUCCACGUCCCUCAACCAAUGACACAGCAGCAGCGCUACCUGGCUGAAGGCACUGACUGGUGAGCCCCCCUGUCGGAGAUUAACAUGAGUCCUGUGGAGUCCAAAAAUGAUCCUGUCCUGUCAUCUGUGCACCCAUCUGUCUGUUUGUCACACUGCCUGUCAUGGCUGACAAUGAUGAUUUAGUCCCUUGUCUGUCUGUCUGCCUGCAGGGAUCUCAGCGUCGACACUGGCCUUCCUCAUCAUCAGUACCAGCUCCAGCAGCUUCCGCAGCACUAUCAGCACUACCUGGCCUCCCCGCGAAUGCAUCACUUUCCAAGGAACACAUCAUCUGCACAAGUGGUAUGUUAAACACUACAAUAUAUUUAGAAUGUACAAUUGCCUAUUGCUUUUCAGUAUCACACAUUAUACCACAGCUAGUUCAAACCAAGUAAUCUGAUUGGAUAAGGAUAACAAAAGUAGGUGUAUCACUCCACUUACUAAUAAACAUCAUGGCAGAAAAUCUAAAUCUUUUUUUAUUAAAGCUCCUGUGAGGAGUUUUUUUUUAUCUCCAAGAAACAGACUGAAAUUUAUUUUGAUGGUUUUCCAUGAUAUCCAAAAACAAAAUAGAUCAUCAGCAACAUGAAUUCUGAUUCCUGAAUGUUAUUUUUUAUGCCCGAAACCACUGCAAGGGGGUAGGUGUCAGCCAAGCAGACCUGUUUUAAUGAUGUCCAUAUAAAAUAUUUUCACUUAAAGGGAUAUUCCGUCGUAAAAUUAAUUUAGGGUCAAACAUGCCGUAACACCGAGUUAGACAUCCCAUCGAGAGAUGAAUGUUGCCGACCGCUUGCUUCUCAAGUUAUACCAACUUUUGUAACAACCGCAUGAUAGUAAUACACAGCGGUCUGAGGAGCCAUAAACAAACCUCAACCAAAAUGCCACUCUAUAGCCACAAAUAAUGCUCAGAACAACACCUAACUUCAUCAACAGUACAUAUAGGGUCCCAGCCAUAGCACUAGCCACCAAAUAUCUUUUUAGCUUUGCCUAAUUUUUUUUAGCAAUACGUGACCCAGAUGCUGAAUGUCAGCAUCUGGGUCUGUGUUUAAAGCUUUUUUACCAUUUUUUAAUAACUCAUAGCCUUAUUCAGGACAUAACUGGUACCUGUAUGCUGAUGCGAUGUUGUAUAGCCACAGUCAUGCAAACAAAAAGUGAAAAUUUCAUUCAUAACUUUGAUAAAAAAUAAACUAUAAUCACCUGAACUUAAUUGGUACCUUAAUCUCAAGAGACUCUGUCUAGGUUUUCAGGACUAUAUCAUGGUUUGGGGCAGAACAGUAUGUUAGUAUUGGUUCUACAAAUCUAGGGUUUCUAUUUAGACAGUGACCCACAACUUAAAAAAUGUUUGUUCCAUCUACAGUAUUUAAACAAAGUAUGUCCUUUCUCACUAAGAGUGCAUCAAAGCAAUGGACAAAACUAUGUCUGACUGCUGGGUUAUUAUUACAAGAGUUAUAAAAUGAGGCUUCUCUUAUUCUCUUAGGUUGUGCAUGAAAUCAGAAACUACCCAUACCCCCAGCUGCACCUGUUGGCACUGCAAAGUCUGAAUCCUUCGAGGCACGCCACAGCUGUCCGAGAAAGUUAUGAGGUAUUUCUGUCUUUUAUAAACACUUAAGUGUCGGGGAGCUUGAAACUGCUGCCACACUGUUAUGUUCUGAUUAAACUCAAUGUACUCAAGCACGUCAUGAACUUGUCUGAUCAGGAUUUUAUCUUUAUAACUAAGCUGUUACAUAAUUAUUGUUGUAUUGAUUUUGUCAUAAUGUAUGUUGACUUUUGCUCCAGGAGCUGUUGCAGCUGGAAGACCGGCUUGGGAGUGUCAGCAGAGGAGCUGUUCAGACAACCAUAGAGAGGUUCACCUUUCCACACAAGUACAAAAAGGUAAAAGAUGAUGGCACACAGACACAUUAACUGGUAGUUGAUUUACAAUAGGCUCUUUUAGCCUAACCUUUUGUCUCUGUGUAAUCUGACCUGCUAACAGAGAAAGCCCCUGCAGCUGAAGAUUGGGGAGGAGGAGGAAACAGAUGUGGAUGAGAAGUGCACCAUCUGUUUGUCCAUGUUGGAGGACGGGGAGGAUGUCAGGUCAGAAAUCUCAAAAUUACGAAAAAUUUCAAAAACAUACACGUUGAUGUGUUUUAAAGGAUUUUAUAGAUGAUUUAGGUUAAACAGCAAUAAAAAAAGAAUUUUAGUUUGCAGAAUCUGAUAAAUUUGUUAAAGGGAUAUUCCGGCUUAAAAUUAAUUUAGGGUAAUAAAACACCAUAACACAGACUUAGACACCCCCUCGAGAGAUGAAUGUUCCUGACCGCUUGCUUUUCUAGUUACACCAACUUUAGUAACAACCGCACAAUAGCAAUGCAGAAAGCCACACUCUCAACCAAAACACCACUCUGUAGCCACAAAAAAUGCUCAGAACAGCACCUAACUUCAUCAACAGUACAAAUAGGGUCCCAGCCACAGCACUAGCCACCAAACAUCUUUUUAAGUUUGCCUAAUUUCUUUAGCAAAGAGACUAAACACAACUCACCUACUCUCUUUCAGCAGCCGCUUGUUUGUAGUGAAACCUCAGGUCAGUCCAUUACGAACUACAGCAGGGUGACGCAGCUCAAGGAAGAACAUUUUUGAUCAUUACUUUAUAAUUUUAUUGAGUAAUAAUCACCAUAUUAAUCAUUUUGCACUGCAGAUGCAGUAGUUGCCUUAGCGUCUCGAUCUGAUUGCAUUUCCAUGAAGAAAUUAUCAUAAAUGUUCUUCCUUGAGCUGCGUCACCCUGCUGUAGUCUGUAAUGGACUGACCUGAAGUCUCACUACAAACAAGCAGCUGCUGGAGGAGAGUAGGUGAGUUGUGUUUAGUCUCUUUGCUAAAGAAAUCAGGCAAAGCUAAAAAGACCCUAUAUGCACUGUUGAUAAAGUUAGGUGCAGUUCUUAGCAUUAUUUGUGGGCAUAGAGUGGCAUUUUGGUUGAGCUAGAGAAGCAAGCGGUCGGCAACAUUCAUCUCUCAACAGAGUGUCUAACUCGGUGUUACAGUGUGUUUGACCCUGACUUAAUUUUACGCCGGAAUAUUCCUUUAAGCCAAGCUGACCUUAAUUAUUUAAAGGAUGGACUACAGAGUCAAAUCUGGACUCUUGUUUAACUCUCUGUCAGAGAACAUAUGUGAGCAUGUGCACAUACACAUUCAUCAAAAAUCAAGUUGGGGGGUACGAUGUGGGGACUGGAGUAUCACCUUGGGACGAGGAAAGCGUCUCGGUUUACAGCAUAUGGAGUCUCAGCUGUCUGUGCAGCUCUGAGGGUCGAUGACUCAACAGAAGUCGUCUCUUCAUGCCUGGGUUGAAAAAACUACCUCUCUGCAGGAUUUAGGAGUUCCCUGCAAGUACAUAACUGCCUCCUCUGAGAGGCACCGAUGCUUGCUGAUGUGAAUUAACACUGUCCCUGUGUGUGUCUGUGUCUCUGUGUCCUCCAGGAGACUACCCUGCAUGCACCUCUUCCACCAAGGCUGCGUGGACCAAUGGCUGGCCACAAGCAGGAAGUGUCCCAUCUGUCGGGUUGACAUCGAAACACAGCUGAACCCUGACAGCUGAUGAGAUUCAAACCCCCCACCACCUUUCCUCUCAUGUGGUUCUUGCUUUCUUCCACCCUUUCCUCCUCCCCCUCGUUGGGUGCUUUUGCCAAAUGUCUCCAGACGUCAUGUGACAUCACCACCCUACUUCUUCUGACUCACGCUUUAACUGAGCCAAGCCAGGACAGCUAACUGCACGAGAGGCCGCCAAGGACUCUCUCUCUCUCUCUCUCUCUCUCUCUCUUUAAAGAAGCACAUCCUUCUGGAGGCAAAAGACACACACAAACACACACACACAUACUCAUGUACACAGGGUUUACUUGUAGCUUGCUGGUUGUAAGUGGGGUGUUGUUGCUGUUGUGGUGUUGUACUGUAGGUAGCCACGGGCUGUGUAGCAUGUCCUCAAAGCCAUGACUUAAUGUCCUGAGAGUGAAAAACACAUAACCUUACACUGAGCUGGCUACUUUUCUCUUACUCUCUCUCUCUCUUUCUAAAUAUAUAAAUAUAUAUACAAAUAUAUAUUUCUCUCUUUUAAACACAAUUCAAUCAAAGUGAAUAUUCUGCCACACAAGAAAACCUAAAUGCUCUGAUGCCAUGUUUACCUAAAGAUCAUUUGUGGUCGUGGUAGAGUAGCAGUAACCAAUAAGUGAUAAUCUGGUGCGCUGUUGCUGCACUAGCUAGCUAAGUGUUUUAAUUCUAUCAUGCAGCUUUGACAUUUUGCAAUAUAUUUACCUUGGAUUGGUGUCGUGCGAGUAGGUCUCUUUCACUGCCGUGAAAAGCCGAGCCAAGUGAUCGAGUUGUCAUGUGUGUGUUGUAAAACUUCAAAAUAGGUAGAAAGUGUUCUCACCAAAAUGCAUUAUGUCACUGUGUAGCUUGAGCCUCAAGCAGGUUUACGUGUGUGCUCGGCCCUGUUGUGUGCGUGACUUAAGGAAUGUGUUGAAGUAACGCGUGGAUGUUUGGAACAUGCAAAUAUGAGCGUGUGUGUAACACUUAAAACUUGCUGUAGGUUAACAGCAUGGCCACUGGAGUGCUUAUGAAACACAAAGCCAAAAAAGGAUGAAGAAAAAGGAAACUAUUGUGCACUGCAGAGGAAAGUAGGAGGAAGAUUUAGCUGCCCUUGUACCUGAAUCUUUGUCUGGCGUGGGGCCAGCGGCAGAACAGUGUGUGCUUCAAAAAAAUGCAUGUUUCUUUGUCGACUUGGGCGGCUGCUUUGGUAGCGUUUCUGCAGUUUCAAACGGUACAGAGAUGGCUUUGCAUGACUUAGUUAAUCUGAGCUGUGACUAUCUUCUUAACACUAACAAACAAACAAAAAAAAAUGAGCACGGUGUCAGUGGCUGCUCCCCCUGACUUGUAGCGUGUGUUCAUCUGGUCCCUUUUGUGGCAGCGCUGGGAUCCUCUUUUUGAUGUUUACCUUAAUGCCUAAAGAACAAGCACAUGUGACAAUAGUUAUAUAGCAACAAAAGAUUUUUCCUUGGUAUUGCAUUUGGUUUAUAUUUAGGUCUAGAUUCAUGCAGUGUUUCAGCGGAGAGGAGCUUACGUAUUGAUCUUGUGUAUUUGUGUGACAGACCUCCCCUUGUGGUUGCUAUGCUGGUUGCUAUGCUGUAUUGCUAGAACAUGUAGAACGUGGUGAGACGGAGGCAGCCUGGCUCUUGCAGUGCACACAGACAAAAAACAGCACAACAGGAAGGGGGCUGUUAAGAUGAGACAGUCCCUUCUAUCACUAAAGCUGCGUUUCCACCAAAAAUACCCAGAACUGUUAGUACCAUGAGCUGUUUUUCUAACUUAAAGGUUCCUCAAGCUCCAAGUCAUCCGCAUUUCCGCUGAGAUCUAAAGACCCAUGAUCAAACAUCUUUGUCUGCUGAGCUGUCAAAGAGUCUCUGAAUACCCUGAGUGCUAAUCAGUAAAGUUCAGAGCUGUGAGGUGAGACAGCAAAGUACAGGUACAUUUAGAAAGUACUACUUUUCUAGCAGGGAUUUUUAAGGUGUGGAGCCCUAAAAUCUUUAUACUUUCAGUCUCCUUAAGUCUUUAUUUCUUGAAGAAAGUCUUUGUUGUGGAACAGAUGAACAAUCCAACUGGUCUUUCUUUUUGAAAAGGAUACCUUUAAGGUUUUUUUAAGAGAUUAAAAAGUUCCUCUUGCCUGCUGAAGAUUGAGCCAAACAUCAGCAAAAUACUGCUAGUACUCAACAGACCAAAAGUGUUCAGUGCUCUUCAGAUACUACCCAAGAGUUCCUGUACUUUCAGAGAGUACUAUUCCCUACAGGGAACUUUUGCAGGGAUAAAAUAAAGUCCCUGGAACCCUAAAGGUCCUUUCACACCGGGACCGUUUUUGUCAUGCGAUUAUUUCGGACAUCAAUAUUUUUUUUUGAACCCGUAUCCUGUCAAUACAAGCGGUGACAUCAGUGACGUUUUCCCAUUCUGCGAUAUUGCGGCAUUUAUUUUUUGUGUCACGCUCAGUCUUUGUUUUAACUUUCAUCUGUGCUAAGUAACUUUAGCUCAUAAGCUAACCUGUUCAGAUACAACAUACCAUAUGUAUUUUCACUGUCUCAAACUCAAUCGCGUUGCUGUCACAGCACCAUUAGGUCUCGGUUGUUACCUUACGUUUAUGGAUUAUAGUUUAAUGUGCUUAUCUGGUACUGGCCCCGACUCAGUACAUGCUAUCAUGUCAGACAGCCAUCUUAACACUAGUGUCUAAUCAGAACUGAAAAACAGUCAGUCUGCUGUUGUGUCAGUCUUCUUGCUUCCACCUGGGACGCGUCUUUUUUCCCCCUGGAAAGUCGCAAAAUCGCAUCAGGCUUGAUGUGUAUAGUCAGGCGCGUCAAAAUUCGCCUCAGGUUAUUUUGUAAUUUCGCGUUGGAUAUUUGCGUCGAUCCUGGUGUGUAAGGACCUUUAAGGUGACAGUGCUGGACAAACAUUCUGUUGGGCUCUUGCUAACAGGUUUCGUUGAUUGUUUUGGUACACAAUAGACCAAUCUGGAGACAACCUGAUAGUAGCGUGUUGAAAGAGGGCAUGUCGCCACCUACUGUAACAGAGUCGAACACGCUUCUGUUAAUAAUUUAAUUCUUGCCCAGUGCUUGUAAACUCAGACAAGGACAGUAGUCCAGUUAAAUUGCCUAAUCGAGCUGAUCUUAUGUAAUGUUUCCAGUUCUCGGUCUGAGCUCUCAAGGUGAAAACGCAGCAUUAGUCUGACUGGUCUGCUUUCUGUUAAAGGACACCUUUGGGACCUUUGCUUUGAAAGUGAAGAACUGGUCUUGAUGGUCAUGGAGCACGGAUCAGUUUUCCCUGUCUUGUGUGCUGCUGGUGUUAACGCUGCCUCCUCCUGUAGUGGAGUCAUCUGUGAUGAAGUUUUCAUAGUUUACACAGGGUGUUGUCAGUUGAAAUGCCUUAAGUAUUUAACAAUCAUAAUUUAUUACUAACUGUAGAUAUUGUGGGUAUGUAUUUAAUUUUAUAUAGUUUUCUUUCUUGGGAGGGGUGGGGGGUGGGGUUGGGCGAUCGAAUCAUAAUUUAUUUAUUUAGAAAUAACAAAAAUGCUAUGAAAAAAACAAUUACCUCAUUUUUGCAUUGUUUUAAAUGGGAAUGCUUUGCAUGCAGUUGUACUAUUUGGAACACUAAAGUUAAAGAUGCCCUGCUGUUUGAUCUUCACAAGCUGGCUGUGCGAUGUUUACUGUCCAACGCUGAGCUACUGAGCCCGCUCUUUGUCUCUCUUUCUCUCUCUCUCUCUCUCUCUCUCUCAAUCUAUCUCUCUCUAUCUAUCCAUCUCUCUCUCUCUUUCUAUUUCUAUAUCUCUCUCUAUCUCUCUCCCUCUAUCUAUCUCUCUUUUUAUCUGUCACUAUCUCAUGUGGUGCUGUGGAUCUUGGUUACAUUCCAUUCAAUGCAAUUUCUCUGAUCCCCCAUGCUGUGAUGUAGUGGACAAACUGCAAUGAAGUGAAUCUUUUUUAGUUUGUGAUUUUUUGUUUUGCACUCACUUGUUUAACUAUGGGAACCCUCUCACUGGCAAAAAACAGUUAGUAUAGAUAAUUUUGAUAUUAUCUCUAAGAACAUGUUUUUUUUUUUUGUAUGCUCUGCUUCUCACAAUGCACUAUGGGUCUUAAUGAUCAUCAGUGAAGCAUGUUCCUAUACUUUAACUCUUUGUAUCUAUCUUGAUUUUUUUUCUCGUCUCCCUUGUGUUUCUCUUUGUUCGACUUAAACAUAACAAGUGCCUCGCUUUAAGUGUUAGGAGAUAUUUCCAUCUUCCCCAAACCAUCAAAACAAUCAGUCCAUGAAGCCACCAUGCCUUAUUGGUUUCAUUAUAAUUCAAAUGAAGGAGCUAGGACAAUAUUUGGAAGGGAUGUACAAAAGCCAUUACUCUCAAAAUUUAAGCAAAACAGCUGCUGGUUUGUGAUGCUACUGCAUUACAUAUUGUUGAAAUAGUUCUUUAAAGAGGCAUGUUUCACUGUGGGCUUUACAACUACUACAAAACUCCCACUUUAGUUAAUUUCAGUUUCUUUUCUCCUCCUUUUUGCUUCUCUUUUUUUCUUGUUUUACCGUCCAUCUCUCCUCUCAGAAUCUCUCCUUUGUUUCCUUUCAUUCUAAAAAGGAAGGCAAGGAUUUUAAAGCACAACCUUUUCUAAAAAUGCAUGUUUUCUCAGGUUUCAAUAUAGUCUCAAUGGUUUAAUAGUAUAUGGUGAAAAAUGUAUACAAAGAAUAUAACAGAAUAAAAAAAUAUGAAUUUUGUUGCUGUUUGAAACUGACGAACAAAGCUGAAGAGAAAAUAUCCCAAAAAGUGCCAGUGAAAGGGCUGCCGCCAUCCUUGUAUGAAAAUCUGCUGUUUUAGCUGUGACUGCGCAAUGUUUUUCAAUAUAGGAUAUUUUAUCUGAAAACAGAACUAUUUAUCAUUAAUAUUAAAGCAAUAGCGCAUUAAGUGAUGAGUGUGUUGAUAAGAGAAAUGGAUGAGCAUAUUAUGCGUAAAUGUUAGAUUCACAUGUGGUGGAAUUUUGUACUUAAUUUAUUAUUACUACUAAUAAUGAUGAUAAUGAUUUCAAAAGUUGCAUUGCUAAACCCAAACCGUUUUGUUUUGUUUUUUAAUUUGAAUUUUAUUUCAUGGCUUGUAUAUUAUCCUUUUGUAUGUGCUCUUUUUGUAAUAAAUUGCAUAAAAUGGACGAGCUUGUUUCCAUGUCUUUUGUUUCAGUCUUUCCCCAAAAUGAAAAAUGUGAUUCCAACUUGACGCAGAUAUUACAUAAGAUGAAAAAUUUUUUUAAAUCUGCUGUAUGAUUACUUUGUAUUGUACAACAGAGUAUUUAGGGCCACAUUAUUUAAAAAAAGGCUGAGAUUAAAGUCAUAAAUUUAUGAGAAUAAAGUCGUACUAAAAUCAUUCCUUACAAGAAUAAAGUUGUAAUAAAAUCACUACUGUAGAAUUAAGUUGUAAUAACGUAAUUAAUAACUAGAAUAAAGUCGUAAUAAAAUAAUUUCUCAUGAGAAUAAAGUCAUAAUAAAGUAAUUUCUUACGGAAAUAAAGUUGUAAUAAAGUAGUUAUGAGAAUAAAGUCAUAAUAGUAUAAUUACUUACGAGAAUAGAGUUGUAAUAAAGUAGUUACUUAGGAGAAUAAAGUCGUAAUAAGGUAAUUACUUACGAGAAUGAAGUCGUAAUAAAAUAAUUUCUUGUGAGAAUUAAGUCCUAAUUAACUACUACUAUACUUAUGAUAAUGUGGUGCUGAUGUGCCAAAAGAUUAAGUAUCUUCUUGUUUGGGAGACCUAUAUUGAAGUACAUUUUUAUGAAAUGCUCCACAGCUCUCAUUGUCAUCUUAAACAACAGGUUAGAAUAUAAAGAUUUUAUUCUGACUUUACUCUUGUAAGUAAUUAUUUUAUUUUGACUCUAUUCUUGUAAGUAAUGAUUUUAUCACGACUUAAUCCUCGUAAGGAAUUACUUUAUUAUGACUGUAUUCUUGUUAGUAAUGACUUUGUUCCCGUAAGUUAACAACUUUAAUCUCAGAGUCUUAAAUUUUCCUUUUCCUAAUGUGGCCCUAUUACUCGUCGUAAUAUUGGACUUAACUUUGAAAUAAAUCUUCUUAACUUCAGUUUCUUCAUGCACCUCUUCUCUAACUUCUAACUGUUUGAGCUGAUAAAUCUGAGUUAUGUUCAAUCACCUUCAAACCAUUCUUGUUAUAAGAUAAAUAUUCUUGCAGUUUUUUAAUGAAGUUCUGUUAUUGUUGUUGUAGAUGUUGUUUGCAUGGAUGCACCAUCAAAAAAGACAAGAUGAAAUUUUCGUCUGAGUAUUACAAAAGAGUUUAAUCUUUUAUAAAACCUCCUUUGUAACAAAGCGACUGAACAAACCAUCCCUGACAUACGAAACUUAAAAAGAAUGGCACAUUCAGCCUCCGUACCUAAGAAGACAUUGUCACAGGCUGUAUUUCCAGGUAUUUUAAAAUAUUUAACCAAAGUGUCAUAAAAAAAAAGAUCCUUUGAGUGUAAAAAUGUUCUCCCUUCCUGAGUUUUAAAAACUUCCCAGAGCAGAAUCUCUUUGGUAACUUCUACUGAGCAUGAGUGGAGAUCUCUCUGCAGUGGUAGUUUUCAUAAAUAAAUAAUACUUCUACUAAUAUUUUGGAUACAAGACCCUGACGAUCUUCCCGUCUGCCUUCUUUGUGUCGAGCCACUUUCCACAGAGGAAAAUUGUAGUAACACCGUUGGCUGUAUUAGUGACUUCCACUCUACCGAGAAGCCAUCCAGGGCUCAAACCAGAAUUGUCAUGUUCUACCCGGACUUUCUGCAGCUCCCCCAUGUCAAGCAUUUCCAGAACAAAACGGUCUGUUUGCUCACGUUCGAAUAGAUUACGAAACUUCUGCCGCAGCUGACGGCAGCCUGAGUCCCCAUUGGAGCCGUGGAUAGUGAUGAAAACGUUGGCAUCUGUGCCCGCUCCCUUCUCAUCACCAGUGAUAACGAUUAUCUCAUACUUGACGGGUACAAGGCUGCGAGCUUUACUGGCAAAGCUCUCAAUGGCCUUAGUGCACUCAAAGGUCAAGAACUCGUCCCUUUUUGGAGAGAGAGGGAUGGCGGCGUUGCAACUGAAGAAGUACCUGGAAAGAUGAGGAGAGAAAACAACUAGUGAGCAACAAAUAACGCUGUAAAGAGAGAAAUGAAUGACCUCAGCCUUUACCAUACUCACAGAGCAGCAGAGGUGGGCACAGCUAAUCAAAAACUCUGUUAAUCCGUUAACAAAGGUGUCAGCUUUGAUCAAAGUGAAUACAUUAAUCCAGUUUGAAAUUAGCUCAAGUUUACAAUAAUGUUAGCCUAAAAAAAACCUGUUGAAAGCCUGAUGGUUCACUCCCCCUCCUGCUGCAACAGGGAUCCAUCAAAUUUAAAAGGCUGCAUGCUCUCACCCAAGUUGUUUGUGAUUCAUUUUACCAUGUCAGAGCAAGAAGUCGAUUCUCCUCCUUUCUCAGGUAAAUAACCAUUAGGAGAAAUGAUAUACCUUACAGUGAGAAUUACUGUUUUUAGUGAUCCAGCGAGAACCAGCUCUCUCAACUCCUGAACAGCUCUUCAUAGCACCAGCAUUACAAUCAGGCACAAGAGGUGGCUUUCAGAGCAGAGUCAUUUACCAUUUAGAGUCAUUCACCAUUAUUUCACCAGGCUCCCUGCCUCUGCAUUGAUACUGUCUAUAAUACUUUCUGCCCAGGUAAGAGCAAAGAAAUUGAGCCUACAAAGAACAAUUAACAGAUUGAUGGACGUGUGCCCAACUCUUCAGGACAGUCAUAUCUCACCAACAUCAUGCAAGGUGUUUGAAGCUCAAAUGCUGCCAUAAUGUCAUACUGCAGUGUUUCAGGUUUCAAAUCAUAUACCAACAAAAAAAAAAUACAUCAGUUGCUAUUUUAUAUCCUCUAUAAUCAUUUGUGACUAAAAUCAGAAUGUACAUAGGACAUACAAUAGCUUCAUUUUUAUAGAUAAAAUAUCUUUUUAUUACUGGCCAAUAUUAUCUUGAGCAUUCACGACUUUCAGCAUAUUGCAUUAAAGUUUUAUACAAAUAAAGUCUGAAUGAUUGAGAGAAUUGAUGCUUCUGUCAUGAAAAGGUUUUAAUUUAUCAAACAAUAAUGGACAAAGGUUGUGUCCUUUUGUUACCUGUUGUCUUAAUAAGGGAUGAUGUAUAGUGAACUAAUGGUUAUGUAAUCCAGAAACCCUUCAGGGGGAACAAGACCCUCAAAAACUCAACACUUCCAGGGCCACAGAGUCUUAUCAGUCACCUUGAGGGACAAAUUCAUGUAAACUGAACAUUUUCAGUGAAGGUUACAUUGGAUAAGGUGAUAUAGUUAGAACUUUUAACACUGUUACUAUUUCUAUCUAUUUAUUUUUUAAAAUGGGAACAGUACAUUUUGAUGAACAUUUACAUGUAAAUAUUUGGGAUUAUAGCCAAAUUGAUCCCAGUCAAUUUCCCCAGUCCCAUCUAUUAUUAUUACCACUUAGAUUUGAGCUAGUUUAUCGUGCUUGGAGGUUCAGAGAUGAACUCACCAGCUCUGUUGCCAUUGUUGGGAUUGUAAGACAGGAUCUUGCUCAGCUUUUCCUUUUCAGAGCUGGUUGGGGUCCAGUAGCUCCUCAGGCUGUUCUCACAUAUGUGCCUGGUAACUGUCAUUAUUAUUUCAAGGCUCUGAAGACCAGCCUGAGAUGGAAACUGACUUUUUUUUCUUCUUUGUAAACCAACUUGGUAUGUUAAAUUGAAACCAACAUUUUUGCCACAGUGUCAACAGGCAGCAGUGAAAUGAACUGGACUCCCUUCUGUGGAUUGAUCACUCUGGUUAUGAGGUUUUGACCAAUCAAAAUCAAGCAAGUAACAGACAGAAAGCAGAGAAAUUAUGAUUUCUAAAAAGGAAACCAAGCUGUGUUGUUACUUCAAUACUGUAGUGAUGGGCAAAUGAACAGUUCUUUUAGAUGUACUGAAUCACUAGAAUCAGUUCACUAAAAAGAUUCAUUCAAAAUAUUUGUUCAUCAUAUCACCGAAUCAUUCAGCAUUUGGCAGGAGGAGCCUGAGACUUCGACCUCCUGAACUGAUACUCAGAUGAACGGUUCAGGAUUCAGUUCAAUUCAUAGCUUCUGGGACAGGGAGAUGAGAGUGUUUGGCUGUGUUGCUUUGGCAAACAGGUUUGUCAUGAAGUUUUAAGUGUACUGUCCUAUGGUAUGCCAUUUAUCAGUACAUUCACUUAAAAGAUUCGGUUCUUUUGAACGAAUUAUUUGCGAAUGACACAACACCACAACACUGUUGAUUUUCACAGUUUCAGACUCGAGUCUCUUUUGUCGCUGAUAAAUCCAGGUAGGAUGAAUUUCUAAGGUUUCCUACUUCCAUGCAAUUUAAAAAUGUUAACACCGAAUCACAAAAUUGUUGCAGCAUUUGCGAUUCCAGCCCUGAGCAUGAUGUCAGAGAGAAAUGGCUGCAGUCUGAUUAUGGUAAGCGGGUGUAGAAGAGGGUCAGUGAGCAGUAACCAAUGUCUUACCUGUUUCCCAGUUCCCUUUCAGUGACGACGACCUCCACCACAUACCAGAAAACCUCCCCCUUUACUUUCUUUCCAUCCUUGGGUGUGUGUCCCAGGCAGAUACCAACAAUGUCCCCCAGGUUCUUGGAUGAAAACUCAAACCUGUCCACAUUUCCCCUACAAAGAGAUUCAUAUGAUCCUGUCAGUAUGAGCAGUUUUCUCAUCAGUCAGACAACAUGCUCAAAAUACACGUUUCGACUCAUUUAUCAAGUGUCUGAAUGAAUUUUCUUCAGGAUGAUGUAAUGUCUUAAGAGUGGAUUGCAGCAUUUCUCUGAGCUCAAGUGCUUGCUGCUGGUAGGAUUAUCAUAAUAAGUGUAAAGGUGGAAAAAGAGGGGAAGAAAAUACGUUUCUUUAAGCAGGUUCACGCAGACAAGUUGCAGCUCACUGAGCUAAUCUCACACAUAAGUACCCACCGCAAAAACCUCUUCUUCUUUGAGGAGUUCUCCAUUACGAAUUCUUUUGAUCGGCCCUUUUUCCCCUCAAGUACAAUCCAAGCGUUUUCUUUGGUUUCAGCUUCAGCUGCGUCUCCAGUCGUGGUGCAUAUUUCAUAUUCUUAAGAGAGGUAGAAAACAUGUUCAGUUUCAUCCUUAAUGUCUUAAUUCUAACAGAGAACAUACACCAAACUCUCAACACAAUGGUGAAUAAGAUUGUAUACAAUUAGACCCCAUUUUUGAUGAACAAAUUAUAAGAGACCAGUGGUAUUAAACUACAGAGGAGAUGUUGCUGAAUCAAACAGGACUGAAGUCUGAAAUCUUAAAACAUCUGUAUGUGUUGUAAACACAAGGCUUACUCGUCUUCUCGUUGAGGUCCAGAUAAUCGUUGUUAGCACAGGCCAGUUCUCUCAUUAUCUGUCCGUCGUCAUCAUUCUUAGCGAGCCAGCGGUCACAGGGAAAACGAAAUGUUUUAUCCAUGAUCUCAUCCUUCACAUCGACAUAAUCCAGGUGCCAUCCUGGGGCAGGGCCUGGGUGUAACGAGGUCAGGAGGCAAAAGAGACAGAAAGUGAAAAUAGAGGCUGAUGUCUGUGUU